GAAAGGGGAAGUGACGCCAUCAAGCCGGGCGGCAGGGCCGGGCAGCGGAAGCCGGCGGGCACCAUCUUUGUUGGGGCCCGAUGCCGGCGGAGAAGAUGGCGCUGGACGGGCCCGAGCAGAUGGAGAUGGACGACGGCAAGGGCGGCUCGGGGCUGCGGCAGUAUUACCUGUCCAAGAUCGAGGAGCUGCAGCUCAUCGUGAACGAGAAGAGCCAGAACCUGCGGCGGCUGCAGGCGCAGAGGAACGAGCUCAACGCCAAGGUGCGGCUGCUGCGGGAGGAGCUGCAGCUGCUGCAGGAGCAGGGAUCCUACGUGGGAGAGGUGGUGAGAGCCAUGGACAAGAAGAAGGUGCUGGUCAAGGUGCACCCAGAGGGGAAGUUCGUGGUGGAUGUGGACAAGAACAUCGACAUCAAUGAUGUGACCCCCAACUGCCGCGUGGCCCUGCGCAACGACAGCUACACCCUGCACAAGAUCCUGCCCAACAAGGUGGACCCGCUGGUGUCCCUCAUGAUGGUGGAGAAGGUCCCAGACUCCACCUACGAGAUGAUCGGGGGCCUGGACAAGCAGAUCAAGGAGAUCAAGGAGGUCAUCGAGCUGCCCGUGAAGCACCCGGAGCUCUUCGAGGCGCUGGGCAUCGCGCAGCCCAAGGGGGUGCUGCUCUACGGCCCCCCCGGCACAGGGAAGACGCUGCUGGCCCGGGCCGUGGCCCACCACACCGACUGCACCUUCAUCCGCGUGUCCGGCUCCGAGCUGGUGCAGAAGUUCAUCGGGGAAGGGGCCCGCAUGGUGCGGGAGCUGUUCGUGAUGGCGCGGGAGCACGCGCCCUCCAUCAUCUUCAUGGACGAGAUCGACUCCAUCGGCUCGUCGCGCCUGGAGGGCGGCUCCGGCGGCGACAGCGAGGUGCAGCGCACCAUGCUCGAGCUCCUCAACCAGCUCGACGGCUUCGAGGCCACCAAGAACAUCAAGGUGAUCAUGGCCACCAACAGGAUCGACAUCCUGGACUCGGCCCUGCUGCGCCCCGGCCGCAUCGACAGGAAAAUCGAAUUCCCCCCUCCCAACGAGGAGGCCCGCCUGGACAUCCUCAAGAUCCACUCACGGAAGAUGAACCUGACCCGGGGCAUCAACCUGCGGAAAAUCGCGGAGCUGAUGCCGGGGGCCUCGGGGGCUGAGGUGAAGGGUGUGUGCACAGAGGCAGGGAUGUAUGCCCUGAGGGAGAGGAGAGUGCACGUCACACAGGAGGACUUCGAGAUGGCCGUGGCCAAGGUGAUGCAGAAGGACAGUGAGAAGAACAUGUCUAUCAAGAAGCUGUGGAAGUAACGAGCAGCCCUGGGAGCCUCCCUGAGCCCCUGCAGAGCCCAGUGCAGGAAGAGGAACUCAAUCAAUAUAUUAAUUAAUUAAUCAAAUACAAACCCACUGUACAAAA